CUUUUUGAACAGCUAUACUAUACCCUCAACUCUUCAACCCCAGCGCAACGGGACGACAAAGAUAUUGGCGUGCGUUAUAAUACUGGGCAUAGAUUGUAUAUAUUCCUAGACGAACCUCGCAGACGAAACAAAGCUGUCUACCUGCCGACGACAAGGAUGACGCCGAUUUGAAUACCCCGCAACGAGCUACCCCGAGCUACUUUUAUUAACAAGGCUCGACCCCGAGCGAUCUAGGCUCUUUGCGUCCUCUCUACAAUAUCAACCCCGCUACGAUGAGCAAAAAGCAGUUCAAGUCCCAGGCCUCCAGUAGCCGGGCCGUUUUUGGCAAUGGCGCUGGGUUUGGCGGGUUUGGAUUAGGAGCUACAAGGAGCACGCUCUCAUACCUGACAGAGCCGCCGAACCUCACCUCCAUAUCUGACCCGAAUGUUGUAGUGGCGUUCAAGAACUUGUUGAAGAAGGAUAGCACGACGAAGGCCAAGGGCUUGGAAGACCUCCGCCUACAUGUCCUCUCAAGUCCGCACGAGCAGGGCGGAGGCGUGGAACAGUCUAUACUGGAAGCUUGGGUCAAAUUAUAUCCUCGCAUCUCAAUAGACAAUUCCCGCCGAGUACGUGAGCUGUCUCACACCUUGCAAUAUGAGCUUCUCAAGUCAGCCAAGAAGAGCAUGGAGAAAUUUAUACCCAAUAUUGUUGGAGCCUGGUUAGCUGGGACAUAUGAUAGGGACAGGCCAGUGUCGAAGGCAGCUUCCGAUGGCUUGAACUCUUUCUUCGGCACCGAAGAGAAGAUGCUCUUGUUCUGGCGGCGUUGCCAGGUCCAGAUCCUUGAAUUCGCACAAGAAGCUAUUUUGGAAACACCCGAGACUCUUAGUGACGAGAGAACUGUGAACGCCGACGAAUCCCAAGCCAAAUUUGACAGGGUUGUUGGCGCGAGUCUCUCCCUUGGCAUCAAUCUCCUUACGAAGCUCUCCAAACAAGACAUCAAAAAGCAUGAGGAGGACUACAAGAAAUUUAUUACAGGCAACAAGAUACUCUGGGGCUUCAUUGCCUCCAAGGAUUCAUUUGUUAGACGGACUACUGCUCAACUCGUUUUGAUAUGUCUGGAAAAGCAACCUGACUUCAUCGAAGAGGAUCUUGAAACUAUUGGCACCACAUUUAUUGAUACGGGUCUUCGCAGUCCCCAGCUAAGUUCUUCGCUAGCAUUUACCCAUGCCCUUGGGAAACUGACAGCAACCUUUCCCUCUGUGUGGACUACAUCAUACAAAGGGAAGAAGGCUCCCUUGUCCCGACUUCGGCGCUUCGUCGAGAAGGGUUCUCAGCUUGGGCCUGCCGAUUAUUGGAAGGCUUUGAACUUUUUGCUGGCCCAUUUACCUUCAGGUGUUUUACCUACAGAUAUUACUGGAGCUACGGAUUUCCUUAAAUCUCUUGGUGAUGGCAUAUCAAUUAGGGAUGAGCCGAGGUUGAAUAUCCCGACUGCAUGGAUCUGCUACGUCAACACCGUGAGGCAGUUGCAAAAGCAGUUGACAGACCCCAAGGACCAAAACCAACUCCUGGUGGCCACUGUCUACCCCCUAUUCGAGCAUUUUAUCCGACCAACACCAGAGGGUAAUCGCUGGGCUACAAGCAAUAGCACAGCGGCGCUUGCAAAAGCGUUCCACCUAUGUGCCGCUUCUGAGGCUCGCCAGUCCGAUGCACCUUUAAGCCAAGAAUGGAAUCGCCUUGCAAACGAAGUGAUUACUGGUAUUCAGACAUCACUUCCUGAGCAGUCAAAGGAUUUUGAGAAGUCGCAGGCAUCUGUGGCCUCGGAAGCGCACCGCUGGUUUAAACUGCAAGCUGAGAUUUGCAAAUACUCCGGGGCUGAUCGUGCGGAUGCAGAAUUGUAUAAGCAUAUUCUUAUUGAAGCAAGCGCUUCCAUCAUAAGUCGUUCUUUGGAGGUGCUUUCUGCAAGGAAUGGCAAGCCAUUUGGCGCUGCAGGAGCUAUAGAGGGUGCUUUGCGACUUGCACCCGACGUUGUCCUGGGCUCUACAUCAUCGGAAGAAGCCAUAACCUCAUUUUUGAAGACAGAGCUUUCAAAGCUCGUGACUUCUCCAUCAGCACCGUAUCUUAUCUCAUCUCUCAAGCUGCUUUGCACAUUCCCUGGACAAGAGGCCGUUUGUUUGGCAAUAUGGGAGUCAACCAUUAGUGGCCUUAUAAAUCUGCCUAACAGCACGCAGCAAGCAGUUGCAGCAGAAGCUCUUAUCUCGUUUGGAUUCAUUAGCGAAGCAGCUCAGAAAAACGACGUCGUGCAGCAAUUUCUCUUCUCUUCUACGUCGAGGUUUUUGCAGAACGGGGAAGCGGAAUGGCGCCGUGUAUUUGAAGCGGCUAUCAAGUUCAAUUGCUUUAGCGAUGCUAUAGAUGCCCGGGUACUCGAUACCAUCACCGAUGGUUUGGACACAGAAAAUGCUGGAUUUUUUAAUGCAGUUGAUGCUUUGGAAUAUGUUGUUGCUCAUCGCCCGCAAUUGUUGGAAGAAAGGGGAACGAGACAUAUCACGGUAAUGACGAAGUUACUUGAGCUGGGCGAAUCGGGACAUCCUGGAGUGGUCUCCAAAGUAGGCUCUCUUAGAGCUGAUAUUGGUAAUAUUGGAACUUCUGGUGGACUUCCGCACGAUAAGGGGUCGCCCAUUGUUUCUAUCAUUCAAGAAAAUCUGGAGAGUGUGGGACCGCGAUCUCUGAGCAUCGAUACUCUUGUGGCUCAGGCAGAAGGGGUCGCCACUUCCAACGGGACCGCAUCAGUCUCGGACUUGUUCCCAGACAAAGAGAAUUGGCAAGAAGCACUUCGUCCGAUACUUUUCGCCUGCGGAAAAGAUCUUUCGUUAUCUUUGACAAAUAUCCUCGGUGGCACUAUUGCGUUGGCUUCUCCUGAUGACUCUUCGUCGUCCGCCCCAAUAGAAAGGGACUUAGAUGGCUACUCUGCGGCUCUCCGAAUGGCAAUCUACAGCUCGAAACUCGUUGCACAGGAAAACAUUCUGAAGAAUGUGCCAGUCAGCGUUCAGAUCGACAUUAUCUACCUACUCUGCUUAACAGUAGAGGUUGCAAACGACCAGCUCGGACUUCGACGAGGCGAUCUGCUCUGGUCAUCCCUAGAUGAGCCCGAUAUUGAAGGCGACAUCCAAGAUUUCAUCGCAACGUCCCAACGUGCUCUCGCCAAGAUUCUGGACAAAUCUGAUGAUUGGCUCCAUGGCGAGGGGUCAGACAUGGGCCACGCAUUGGUUUCACGUCUACUCGAGGAAUCGAAGGGCAACUCAACGACCGCAUUUUAUGCAGGCCGUGUUCUAGCCAAUGUGCUAUCCAGCCUUGUCGAAUCGCACGGCUGGCACAUGGCGGGUGGCGAGGAUUGGCUGACAUCCACAGAUGCGCUCAAGUCGUCUACCCCGAACGGCUUCACCGCCGUUGCAAUUCUGGCGGGCCUCAAGGAGAGUCUUGGAUCUAGCAAGAUUGUGAAUAAUCUGUGCAACCGUCUUGUCAGCGAUGUUACUGGUCUAUCUUUAACAAGUGCUAAGGCACCUCUUCUUCUGAGCCUUAUGAACGCGGCAUUAGCUGUUUACGACCAAGACAGCCUCCCAGUAGCGAAUAACAGACUCGUCUUCGCAGUUAAGCAGAUCACUGGCUGGCUGGAACAACCAGAGAUUUUACACCCGGUACUCGCAGCACAAGCUUCUCGGAGUUUACAACUGCUGUUGCCGGGUAUCAGCGAGGUGUACGGCCCAUACUGGCAGAUUACUAUCGAUUUCUGUGUCGCUUUCUGGAAUUCCAAGCCGGUUAUGCGGAAUGCUAAUAUCUUCCUUCCUGCAAUUCAUACGACUUUGAGAUUGAUAAUUCUGCUCAGGGGUCUCGAGGAACCGAAUGACGACCUCGUGGAAGCGUUGGAAGAUGCCGAACACGAGAUAUCACAGGGGAUGGUCACCCUUUUGGCCUUGAAUAGACCAGAAGUGGAGACUCAACCGUGGAGAAUUGUGAACGAGUUGAUAUACAGACAGGUCACAAAGGUGCCCUUGAAACACAUUAAAGACCUCUCUGAUCUCUACCCCCUCGUAGCAUCAGACUUCCCAGUCAUCCAAUCAGCCGCCUUCGGGAUCCUACACCGCGCACUCCCAGCCGCCCAAGGAGAUAUCUCCGUCAACGUGCUCCUCGAGAAGAAAGACGCCCAACUCCCCGAAGAACUCUGUUCCCUCCUCCUCGAAGUCCCUCAAAUGGAGAACUUCCCCGACGACAUCCUAUCCCAGUUCCCCCCACCAAUCCGCACCUACCUCCUCUCCUGGCACCUGAUAUUCGACGCCUUCUCCACCGCCUCCCACAAAGUCCGUAACGACUACACCACGCAACUCAAAGCCGAGAACCUCAUCACUCCCCUCCUAAACCUCCUCUUCGAUAUCCUAGGCCACUCGGCUGGUAAGCCGCUUAACCUCGAUCGCGCGCGCCUCAAAUCCGACGCUAUACGCGCUUAUGAUAUGGACAUUGCAUCCGCCGAGCCAGACGAGUAUAACAUGCACUGGCUCCUAGUGCACCUCUACUACCUCUGUCUCAAAUUCACCCCCGGCCUCGUCAAAAGCUGGUAUCUAGAGUGUAAAUCCAAGCAAACCCGUCUCGCCGUCGAAUCCUGGACCGAGAAAUCCUUCAGCCCCCUCGUCAUCGUCGACACGCUAGAUGAUGUUGAGAUCUGGGCCGAGGGGCUGGAAGAGCCGCCAGAGGACGAGAAGGAGUUGAUUGUUAAGGUGUCGAAGAAGUCGAGGGAGGUGUAUGCGGGGUAUGAGGUUGAUGAGAUGACGAUGCAGAUUGCGAUUCGCUUUCCGCCUAUUUACCCGCUGGAGAGUAUUAAAGUCGAUGGUGUGAAUAGGGUUGCUGUCUCGGAGAAGAAGUGGCAGAGUUGGUUGAUGAUUAUUCAGGGCGUUAUUACAUUCUCCAACGGCAGCAUAACCGACGGCCUCCUCGCCUUCCGCCGCAACGUCACUGGUGCGUUGAAGGGGCAGACUGAAUGCGCUAUCUGCUACAGCAUUGUGUCGAGUGACAAGAAGAUGCCUGAUAAGCGCUGUCAGACUUGCAAGCAUCUGUUUCAUAGCAGUUGUUUGUUUAAGUGGUUUGCGAGUAGUAACCAGAGUACGUGUCCGUUGUGUAGGAAUCCGUUUAAUUAUGGGACGGAUGUUGAGAAGAGGGCGAGGAGGAGGGGGGGCCCAGAAGUGUAG